UACGAAAGUAAGCGGAGAAGGCGUUGCUAUGGUAACAGAUACACCUCUGAUUAGCUUUCUAGCAACUCUCCUGUCCCCAUGUUCUCUAUCGCGCUUUAUUAUUGACCGGCGAUGGAGGGCUCGGACUCAUAUCUCAUUAGACCUAAUCAUCAGCACAAGUUCAAAGCAGCUGUUGUUAAGGAGUGUAUUCGUGACGUAGUGAGGGAGCGGCUGGGUGGAGUGCAGUACGACCCAGAAGCGGCCCCGGACCUGUCCCGCUCACUGGCAGACAGCAUUAAGGACCGGGUGAAGACAAACAGCAGCUGCUCUUCUCCUUCUUUCCCUGUAGAUGUGGGCUUUGACCGCUAUAAGCUUGUUGUGCAGGUGGUAAUUGGAGAGCAACGUGGGCAAGGAGUCAAGAUGUCUUCCAGGUGUUUGUGGGACGCUGACACAGACAACUAUGCAGAAGAUGUUUACAUAAAUGACAGCUUGUUUUGCGUGGUUGCAGUUUUCGGAAGUUAUUACUACUGAGGAUGAACAGAUGCGCGUGAGAGGAUUCCGUGCAAUGAUAUAAGGUGAAAAACACAGAGGGAUGCUGCAGAGAGAUCAGCUCAGAAGAAAUGGAUACACAAAGCGUGCUGCUAAUAUCCUGAUCAUAGGAUUUUGCUAUUGUGGCAAGAUUACAACAUGUGACAUGUGUUACAGCGCCUUGAGACAGAAACAUAAGGUUUGAUGACAAGGUAAAUGUGGGACGCCUUUAUACUAAUAAGAUGAGGCGUUUACUGCAGAAGGCAGCAUAGUUCCACAUCCAUGACAGCAAAUGCACACAGCACAAUCUUUCACUUAAUUUGAUUCUAUAAGGUUAAACAACUUAUAUAUAUAUAUAUUAAUAUCGAGGGGGAGCUGCAGCACCCAGACAGAGGUACUUCACAAACACUGUGCUGACCGAGGGAAGAGAUGUCCACAAGAAACGCAAUAUGAUUUUUUUUUUUAGGUCAAGCAGCCAUAUAGAAUAAUUAUUAUUCUGUCUUGGGGAUGUCUAAACACGGCAACAUGAUUUUCAGCUAUUUUAUCGUGAACUGUGUUGUUUGCAGCUGUUACCACUUCCUGGAUCUGAUACCAGAGUCCAUUAGGGAAAUGCUUGCUAAUUUUUCUUUAUAGUUUCUUGUUGAAACAGGGACAUCAUCAGUCUUCAUUUUGACAGGAGGUCAUUUUCAGAUAUUUUUGUGCUUUUGGUAAUAACUCUUGUUGCUCAUAAAUCUCAGCAAACCAGCCUUCAAUGGGAAAACUAGAUGCUUUCCAGUCUAUAUAUAAAGACUAAUGAGGCAGAAGUGAACAGUUAACGUGAUCAGGCUUAGCUGGAUCAAUUAGUGAAAUGACUCAUGCUCUGAGUCUGUGUUCUUCCAUUUAUAGUUGCAAAGCUAAGUUGUGAAUGAGCGCAGUAAUAUGUAAAUAAGAGUGACAGAAGAGACAAACUGAUAUUGGAUUAUACCCAGUUCACUGAGUUUAAAGUGCAAAGUAUUUCAUGUAUUUCAUAUUGUGUCUUCUUCGGCUCACUGAAUCAUCUACUGAUGAAUCUCAUCCACUCUAACCUCCAGCAGAUUACACAUAGCUUUUGAGAUUUAUUCUGUAUUUAGUGAUGUUCAUGUGACAUUUGAUUAAUGUCUGAGAACCCUACAGCGCAGCUUCAUGUUGAUCCUUGUCUUGUUUUUGUACUCAUAGAACUCAAAGAUCUUGAGAAUUAAACAGUCUAUAUUUACUUUAUUUUAUGCAGAAUGACUAUUAAACUUGUUACAUUAAAA